AUGGGCUUCAGGGUCACGGAUGACGGAGGGGGGAGCGGGGGCAUCCGGAACGGGCGGGAGGCGUCGCCGGCGUGGGCUAGCAGGGGCCGUUGGGUUGAGGGGCGCGGGCUGAGUGGCCUCCGCCGAGCUUCGGGAGCGGCCAGGCUGACCUCUUUCCGGUCUCUCCUGACCCGCCUCCCCCCUUUCCCCAACCACCCCUCGGGGGAAACCCCUCCGCCCUUCCCCACACCCCCCCCGAAACCGCACAGCGCGAUCCCAGAGGGCAAACGCUUCGCCAAGAAGUGCUGCAAGGGUUUCUGCAUUGACAUCCUGAAGAAGUUGGCGUCCACCAUCGGGUUCUCCUACGACCUCUACCUGGUCACCAACGGGAAGCAUGGGAAAAAGGUCCAGGGGGUCUGGAACGGCCUGAUCGGAGAGGUGGUCUACAAGCGAGCUGAUAUUGCGAUCGGAUCUCUAACCAUCAAUGAGGAGCGUUCCGAAAUCGUGGAUUUCUCCGUCCCCUUCGUCGAGACAGGGAUCAGUGUGAUGGUAGCUCGGAGCAACGGGACCGUGUCCCCCUCAGCAUUCCUGGAGCCCUACAGUCCUGCUGUGUGGUUGAUGAUGUUUGUCAUGUGUCUGACGGUGGUCGGAGUCACUGUUUUCAUCUUCGAGUUCUUCAGCCCCGUCGGAUACAACAGGAGUCUGUCAAAUGCAAAACGACCCGGAGGGUCAAAGUUUACGAUCGGGAAGUCCGUGUGGCUUCUCUGGGCGCUGAUAUUCAACAACUCGGUCCCGGUGGAGAAUCCCAAAGGAACAACCAGCAAGAUUAUGGUGUUGGUGUGGGCUUUCUUUGCUGUCAUCUUCCUGGCCAGCUACACCGCCAACCUAGCCGCCUUCAUGAUCCAGGAGGAAUAUGUGGACACCGUCUCCGGUCUCAGUGACAAGAAGUUCCAGAAACCCCAGGAGCAGUACCCUCCCCUGCGGUUCGGGACCGUGCCGAACGGGAGCACGGAGAGGAACAUCCGGAGUAAUUACCCCGAGAUGCACAGUUACAUGUCGAAGUACAACCAGAAAUCGGUGGAGGACGCACUGAACAACCUCAAAACAGGGCGGCUGGACGCCUUCAUCUACGACGCGGCGGUGGUGAACUACAUGGCGCGGAAGGACGACGGCUGCAAACUGGUCACCAUCGGGAGCGGCAAGGUCUUCGCUACCACCGGCUACGGCAUCGCCCUCCAGAAGGGCUCGCCCUGGAAACGCCCCAUCGACCUGGCGCUGCUCCGCUUCCUGGGUGACGGAGACACAGAGAUGUUAGAGAGGCUGUGGCUCUCUGGAAUAUGCCACAGUGAGAAGGUGGAGGUGAUGAGUAGUAAAUUAGACAUUGAUAACAUGGCAGGCGUCUUUUACAUGCUGCUGGUCGCGAUGGGACUUAGUCUCCUGGUCUUCGCCAGCGAGCACAUCAUCUACUGGAAAUUCCGUCGCAGCCUGCGCCAUUCCAGACAGCUGGACAUCCUCCUUGCUAUCAGCAGG